AUGAUGUACGGGACAAAACCGCGCCUCUCAAUUCUUGAGACAUUGGGAAUGGUGCUGCUACUGGUUUUCAUGGUACCUCCCCAACUUGGGCUCAACAUAACGCGCUGUCUCUUCCUCGCCUGGCAGCGAGGAAUUUCCCUCCGCUACUACGUGACAUGUGCCGCCAACCGCGUCUUCCUUGGUGGAUUCUCGCCGCGCCAGUUGCAGAACCUCGUAGCUCCAUCAGCGCAAACAUAUGCAAAGUGGGUCAAGAGGAAGCUUCAAAGAGCAGGUAAAUCAAACGACGCAUUCAUCCUUCACCGCGUGCACUACGAUGUCCACCCCCUGACGUCCUGCGGCGGCUCCAUGAUGUGGAUCGGAGACCGCAAAAAAGCCACCAAAUUCGUUCUUUUCUUCCAUGGCGGUGGUUACAUCACGCCUCUUCUUCAGGGACAUGUGGAGUGGUGCUGGCAGGCGUACGUCGUGGCCGGCCAGGAGGUGGGCGUCGAAGUUGCAGUUUGCGUGUUGGAGUAUACACUCAUCCCGGCGGCGAGAUAUCCACACCAGCUUAUUCAAGCCACCACCGCAUUCAAUGAAAUGCUACGGUUGGGGAUCAAACCGGGCGACAUCAUCAUUGGAGGAGAUUCUGCGGGUGGAAACCUGGCAACGCAAUUGCUGGGGCAUUUGAUGACGCCCCAUCCGACGACUCCGCCGGUGAACUUGGUCGAGCCCCUGCGUGGUGUGUUUUUGGUUUCGCCCUUUGUGAGCCAUGAUACCGAUACGCCGUCGCAUCGAAUCAACAAAAAUAUCGAUAUGCUGCCCCCUGUUAUUGCCGUUGACCUUCCCCGGCAACUGUUGUCGGAGGGGCCAUGGGAACUGGAGAGACGACAGGGGCAGGGUGGUUACCAACUUGUACGUUACGGUAGGGGAGCAGGAGGUGCUGAGAGACCAGGGCAUUAA